AUGGCUCUCCCUAGGUCUUCGGCUCUCCGGAGCACCAUCCGGUCUUUUACUAUCAAAAGAGCUGGCACACAAGCUCGAAUAAAUCUGCGUUCAAUUGCCCGACGAACCUACGCCAGCGGCCAUGAAGCAAAGAAGGGCAGCGACAUUCCAUGGCUGAUUGGAUCUGUUGCGGCAACUGUACCCGCCGCCGUCUGGCUAUGGCAGCAAGGCCCCGAACCUUCCGCUCACGGCCAUGGCCAUGAGAGCCACGGAAAAGAAGAGGAAGCUCCUCAAGAGGAACCUGAAGACAAGCCAGAAGAGGAGGAGUCCAAGGGUGAUGAGUCAUCCGAUGAUAGUAAAGCAGAGUCUGACGACGACGGUAAAUCUGAAACUAGUGGAGAAGGGGACUCUGCAGGAUCUGCUAAAAAGGAUGCAAAAGUGUCGGAGAAGAAAGGCGACAAAGAUGCUGCCUCAGACACCACUGGAGCCAAACACCCCGUUUUGGACGAAAAGACCAAGAAGGGUGAGGGUGUGGCAGACACGGCUAAAAUUCAUGGUACAGUCGACUCUGCCAGACCCGUUGGAGGCAAGAAGGAGGGCUCUGACAAAGACCAAUCCGAAGAGGAUGGGGAUAGCGAUAGCGAUAAAAAAGAGGAUUAA